GUUAUAAUGCCUCUGAGAUAAAGGUUUGCUCUUCAACCAAAGUCCUGUCAGUGAAAUCCUCUGCCACUCUAACACAUCUCUCCAUCUCCUUGUGGGACCUCUGCUGCUGCACUGGUAAAAACAGGUAUUUUUGUAUUUUUUUUUAUCAAUAUAUUGUAUUUCACAACAUUCAUUGUGCUAGAUAGUGUGUGUUGUGCACAGUAUGUUGACUGAUUUGAUUGAUAAUUGGUAUAAUGACUAGAGCAACAGGAGGAUAGAAUUAUUAUGUAAUGCUUAACCUGCAUAGCUGCAAUGAUUUGCUGUACCUAAGAAAAUUAGGUUCUCCAGAAGGUUUUGAUAAUCACAGUAGUCAACCCCAGAUCUUGCCGUCUGUCUGUAGGUCCGCUGGUUCAUUCUACAUUUACCUGUGUCAACUGCGGAGGUCAUCAUGAGUGUUGAAACUAAGGCACCCCGGGAGCCUUGCUGCUCCAAACUGAAGGUCAGUGUUUUAAUUCCUAAUAUCAUCACCCUGACUCUCUGUGAUGGUAACUAGUUGGCACUCAUUUAAUCUUCAGGGUUUUCUGGGUAGUAAGGACGUAUGCCUCCUAGUAGAUGAUGUAGAGAAACAGUCAAAUUAGAUGUACUGUGAAAGAAACAUUUGGAACUUAAUAGUGGUCCAAACCGAACUUGCAAGGAGAACUUAACUGCCCACAGAAUAGUUUUUCGAGGUCUAGGGAGGGUGUGAGAAGGAGGCAUCCGCACGAGCUCAGCCAUCCACAUAAAGAGAUGUGCAUGCAAUUAUUGAACAGGGAAAAUGUUCUAACUUUGUGAAACUUUACAGCAUGACGUCACAAUCAGAACACGAUCAGAACGAUUGGGAACUAUUUCAAGCUGGGAAGAUUUUUACAUAACAGCCUGGCUUUUAUAUUUGCUGCCGUUGACUAUUGCAAAUGGGAUAAAGGUGAUUGUGUAAACGUAGUUAAUGGAUAGCCUCUGACCCAGACCUUUACCGACAGCUCUUUAAUUGUGUAUUCUGUUUACAGCUCAGGUUCAGUCUUUUACAAAAAACACCAAUGGCAGAUUGACUAAUAAAAGAGCAAACAAACUCUUAACUAUAUCUGAAAUGGGGCGGCAGGUAGCUUAGUGGGAAAGAGCGUUGUGCCAGUAACCGAAAGGUCGCUGGUUCUAAUCCCCGAGCCGACUAGGUGAAAAAUCUGUCGAUGUGCCCUUGAGCAAGGCACUUAACCCUAAUUGCUCCUGUAAGUCGCUCUGGAUAAGAGCGUCUGCUAAAUGACUAAAAUGUAAUGUAAAUGUAAAUGAAGGGACUGAAGGGAGGGAGGCCAAAUAGGGAAAUAGGUUAGUAAGUAGGAGGGGUGGAGAGGAGGGGGCAGAUACAAGAGUUACAUGUUUUGCUGUGUCAUCCAACAGCCAGACCUGUAAAAUGACAAAGCAGUUUUUCAACCUAAACAUUUGGUUGAAACACAGCGUUUGUAUUUAUUCAGCCAUACAUACUGUAUACACACAUACAUUCACUUAUAGAUACGUACACAAAUGAUUCCCUAGAACUGACUGUUAUGAUGGUCGAUAACCUUUUACUUUGUCUGUUAUGACUGCAUAACUCAGGCGACAUGAGCACAUGGCUGGAUGAAAACACCUAUUCCAAAUGGGUCAGAGUCUGGUUUUCUGUGUCUGGGUAUCACUCGUUGAUUUAGGAUUGUCUUGAACUACAGUAGAUGUUCUGUCUGAUUAAAUCAAAUCAAAUCAAACAGUCAACUGAAUGUAGGACAGCUGAAGUGAUGUCAAACAAACCAAACUCAUGUUUUUCUGACCCUUCAAAGUUGUUUUGUGUGCUCUGGGUAGUUUUAGGAUAUCAGUUUACCCUUCCCAAACCCCAAUAAUCUGGGAAACACAAAUCUGGCCUCAGAUCAACAUCUAGACUGUAGGGACAUUGCCUUCAUCUAACUCUGCUUUGUGUUUAUUUUCACAGCUGUUCCUGGUUUCCCUGUCCUUUGUGUGCUUCGCCAAAGCCUUCGGGGGAAGCUACAUGAAGAGCUCUAUCACCCAGAUAGAGAGACGCUUCGACAUCCCCAGCUCUCUCAUAGGAUUCAUCGAUGGCAGCUUUGAGAUGGGUAGACCUAAAUCCUAAUUUCCUAAAUACCUAGUCCUAAGGCCGUAUUUGCCCAGUCCCCGAAAUCAAUAGAUGAUGUUUAUUGUUCUUUAAGAGGACAUCAACCCCUCGCCCUUAGCCCGAGAUACUUGUCCUGAACAUCUGAAAGUGUGUAAGCAGUACAGAUAUAGGGCUCCACCUAUUUUGGGUCUUUUUAUGUGUGGUCUUGCUGCACAACCAAAAUUCCUCUGGGACAAAUAAGGUUGAAAGUUAAAGCACUGUGAUGGGCUAGGUGGAAUUUUCUCACAAUCCUUUCAGAUAUAUAAUCAAAGAAGUAUAAGGGUUUAUUUGAUUCUGAACAAUAAAAGCCUGUGCCCUGUGAGGUUUUGCCUUUUAACUUUAUCUCCAUAAACAUUACUCAUUGAUUAUACCAUGGUUGUCUCUUCUCUCUCCUACCAGGUAACCUGCUGGUGAUAGCAUUUGUGAGUUACUUUGGGGCGAAGCUCCACAGGCCCAGACUGAUAGGGAUUGGCUGUCUCAUCAUGGCUGCUGGGGCCUUCCUCACCGCUCUGCCACACUUCUUCCAGGGAAAGUAAGUCUACCUCUUAUUUGGUUUAUUGACUAUCUAUAGACUGUGUAUAUAUGUUAAUAGUAUAUACACUACGUUCAAAAGUUUGGGGUCACUUAGAAAUGUCCUUGCAACUCUGCCUAGAAGGUCAGCAUCCCGGAGUCGCCUCUUCACUGUUGACGUUGAGACUGGUUUUUUGCGUGUACUAUUUAAUGAAGCUGCCAGUUGAGGGCCUGUGAGGCGUCUGUUUCUCAAACUAGACACUCUAAUGUAUUUGUCCUCUUGCUCAGUUGUGCACCGGGGCCUCCCACUCCUCUUUCUAUUCUGGUUAGUGACAGUUUGCGCUGUUCCGUGAAGGGAGUAGUACACAGCGUUGUAUGAGAUCUUCAGUUUCUUGGCAAUUUCUCGAAUGAAAUAGCCUUCAUUUCUCGGAACAAGAAUAGACUGACGAGUUUCAGAAGAAAGUUAUUUGUUUCUGGCCAUUUUGAGCCUUUAUCGAACCCACAAUUGCUGAUGCUCCAGAUACUCAACUAGUCUCAAGAAGGCCAGUUUUAUUGCUUCUUUAAUCAGCACAACAGUUUUCAGCUGUGCUAACAUAAUUGAAAAAGGGUUUUCUAAUGAUCAAUUAGCCUUUUACAAUGAUACAUUUGGAUUCGCAAAAACAACAUGCCAUUGGAACACAGGACUGAUGGUUGCUGAUAAUGGGCCUCUGUACGCCUAUGUAGAUAUUCCAUAAAAAAUCAGCCGUUUCCAGCUACAAUAGCCAUUUACAACAUUAACAAUGUCUACACUGUAUUUCAUAUCAAUUUGAUGUUAUUUUAAUGGACAAUAAAAUUGCAAGGACAUUUCUAAGUGACCCAAAACUUUUGAACAGUAGUGUACAUGUAAGUAAACAUAAGGCAUGACGAUAAAGAAUUGAAAGAAAAUCUUAACACUUCUGAAGAAGUCGUACAAAAAACAACAAAGAAAUGCUUGGGUAUAAAGAAGGGAUAUGUGGCUUCUCAGAACUUCUCACAACUACUGUCCCACUUUAUAGAGGAAAGAUACAUUUAAUUUAUUUCCCAUGCAGGUACGUAUAUGAAACAACCCUGUCACAUAUACUUGAGGAAAACACUACAGAGAGCAUUCUGCCUUGUCUGGCCAACACAAGUCAUCUGGUCAUAAAUGAUCAGGCUACAGCUGCGAGUAAAGCAGGUAACGAGUCAAUCACCAUCACUGCAGCAUCAGUCUGGCUGCAUCUGGGAACCUUGUUCAAUAAAUGAUUCCUAUGAAUUCAAGUGUAGAUAAAGUAUUACCGGCAAACCAGAUGAGGCUAGUAGGAGGACGGGCUCAAUGGAAUAAAUGGAAUGGAAUCAAUGGAACGGUAUCAAACAAAUGGAAAGUACGUUUGACUCCGUUCCAUUAAUUCCAUUCCAGAAAAGUUGAUCCUAUCCUAUCCUAGUUGUAUAAGCAAUUAUUUUCCCAAAUCCUGGUCCUAAGAACCCAAAAUGUUGUACUUUUUUGUUUUUGUCCUAGCCCUAACACAUCUGAUUUAAAUCAAAGGAUUGUUGAGUGGAUUAGUUGAAUCAAGUGCCUUAUUAAUAGGGCAAAAACAAAAAUGGGUCCCCAGGACCAGGAUUAAGAAAUGGUGUUCUAAGCAGAAAUUGUGUUCCCACAGCAUGUGAGAAGGAGGCAGGCUCGUCCAUGUGGAUCUAUGUAUUCCUGGGUAACAUGCUGCGUGGGAUUGGAGAGACGCCUGUCAUGCCUUUAGGAGUAUCCUAUCUGGACGACUAUGCCCGAAAGGAGAACACUGCCAUCUACCUUGGUUAGUAAAAAAAAAAACUGUCAGCUGUACCAUAUCAACAUUGGAUAGUAAAUACUGUAUCUCUUCAACCUCUUCCAUACCACAUCGCUCCCGGUUGAAGUUUCCCCAAGGCGUAGAUCUAGGAUUCCCCUCCUCAAUUCUAAGCUUAACCAUUAGUGAGGGAAAUGCAAAACUGACCCAAGAUCUGCAACUUGGCAACUUCACCCAACACCUAACACAUAAAAAUGUGAGCUGUUGUUACUUGAUUUGUAUCAAACUGUAUUUUAGUCUGGCAAAUCAUGUAAACCUUGGUUAGAAACAACCUCUUCAGGCAUUCCAUAUCAAAAUCUGCUAUCUGUAAUGAAUACUCGGACAGAGUGGUAAGAUCCAAUCGCAGAAUAGCGAUGCUUUAUUAGAGUACAGACAAGGGAAUAGCUUAAUCGUGGUCGGGCGGGCUGUGGUCAAAACCGGGUCAGGCAGAGACAGGCAGAGGUACCAAGGGAGCGGGCUUAGUCGUAGUCGAGGGCACAGGCACAGGAUCAGAGGACGGUAAUCACUGGGAUAGACAAGCAGAGGAUUAACCAAUUCGGGGAGUCAAACAACGAGGCACAGGUCGGGUACACGGGUAAUCAAAACAUCUCUCUCUCUCUCCUAUAUUCUCUAUCCCGCUAGCGAGCGCACAGCGCGUCUCUUCGCGAGCGAUAGGAGUCGCGCGCCUCAUUCGCGCGUGCGGAGCGAUAAAGAUCGUCGUCUCUCUCUUCUCUCUCUCUCGAUCUCUCUCUCUCUCUCUCUCUCUCUCUCUCACUCUCUCUCUCUCUCUCUCUCUCUCACUCUCUCUCUCUCUCUCUCUGAACAAAACGCUUAGCAAGUCACAAAGGAACAAUACCUCGCGCCGACUGAGCUUCUGAGCACACCUUAAAUCCUACACUAAUUACUGACAGGUGUGCUCAGAACUCAGGUGAACCAGAUCGAGUCUGAUGACUCCCCCUCUCUGUAGAUCGGGGAAGUGUCAGACUCUGUCUAGACCCAGCCAACCCCCGAUCCCUUACACCAGGGUUCUUCAAUUCCGGUCCUGGAGGGCCGAAACACUUCUGUUUUUUAUUUCUACCUGGUAGUUAAUUGCACUCACCUGGUGUCCCAUGUCUGAAUUAGCCCCUGAUUAGAAGGAGAGGAUGAAAAACAGAGGUGUCUCGGCCCUCCAGGACCGGAAUUGAAGAACCCUGCCUUACACUAUCCUACAAAUAUCAGUAGCUGAUUUAGAUGUAUCAGCUAUGGCAAACCAUAUGGCAAACGAAUGUGGCCAAACAACUGAAGUGACUUCAGUUAAAUCUAUUGUCUUUUCUUUUGCUUGCUGGUUGAACUGUACCUGACCAACUCUCUCUGUCUCCUCUGCCUCAGCGUGUUUACAGACUGUUGGCAUCCUGGGGCCCGUAUUUGGCUUCAUGUUUGGCUCCUUCUGUGCCAAGAUCUAUGUGGACAUUGGCUCUGUGGAUUUAGGUAACCGACCCUUGAAUUAACAAAUCAUACAUUGUCUAUUUUAUGUAAGCUGUGUUGUAUUUAUAUGUGCAAAUCAAUAUUGUAUUUAUGGCGGAAUAUGUGUUACUAAUAUGUGUCUUCAACAAAAAUAUAAACGACACACGUACAAUUUCUAAGAUUUUACUGAGUUACAGUUCAUAUAAAGAAAUCAGUCAAUUGAAAGAAAUUCAUGAGGCCCUAAUCUAUGGAUUUCACAUUACUGGGCAGGGGUGAAGCCAUGGGUUGGCCUGGGAGGGCAUAAGCCCACCUACUUGGCAACCAGACCCACCCACUCAGAAUGAGUUUUACAGACAGAAAUAAUCCUCAGCAAGUGGGUGUUGCUAAAUCAUGUGAGAGGAUAGUUGUUUGUGUAUGGUCUGUUUGCAGACGGGUUGGGUCAUCUCGGUUUAUUGGUUGGCACCUGCUGGGUGCUGAAGGUCAUUUCUAAAACAAGAAACAUUUAAAUCUGUUUUCAUUAAGAGAGGAAUUAGCCUAUCUACACUACAUGACCAAAAGUAUGUGGACAACUGGUCGUCGAACAUCUCAUUCCACAAUCAUAGGCAUUAAUAUGGAGUUGGUCACCCCUUUGCUGCUAUAACAGCCUCCACUCUUCUGGGAAGGCUUUCCACUACAUGUUGUAACAUUGCUGCGUGGACUUUCUUCCAUUCAGCCACAAGAGCAUUAGUGAGGUCGGGCACUGAUGUUGGGCGAUUAGGCCUGGCUCGAGUCUGCGUUCCAAUUCAUCCCAAAGGUGUUCGUCGGGGUUGAGGUCAGGACUCUGUGCAGGCCACUCAAGUUCUUCCACACCGAUCUUGACAAACCAUUUCUGUAUGGACCUCGCUUUGUGCACGGGGCAUUGCCAUGCUGAAACAGGAAAGGGCCUUCCCCAAACUGUUGCCACAAAGUUGGAAGUACAGAAUCGUCUAGAAUGUAAUUGUGUGCUGUAGCGUUAAGAUUUCCUUCACUGGAACUAAGGGGCCUAACCCAAACCAUGAAAAACAGCCCCAGACCAUUAUUCCUCCUCCAUCAAACUUCACAGUUGGCACUAUGCAUUCGGGCAGGUAGCGUUCUUCUGUCAUCCGCCACACCCAGAUUCGUCCGUUGGACUGCCAGAUGGAGAAGCAUGAUUCAUCACUCCAGAGAACGCGUUUCCACCGUUCCAGAGUCCAAUGGCGGUGAGCUUUACACCACUCCAGCCGACGCUUGGCAUUUCGCGUGGUGAUCUUAGACUUGUGUGCGGCUGCUUGGCCAUGGAAACCCAUGAAGCUCCCGACGAACAGUUAUUGUGCUGACGUUACUUCCAGAGGCAGUUUGGAACUCGGUAGUGAGUGUUGCAACCGAGGACAGACGAUUUUUACACGCUUCGCGCUUCAGCACUCGCCGGUCCCGUUCUGUGAGCUUGUGCGGCCUACCACUUCGCGGAUUAGACGUUUUUGCUCCUAGAUGUUUCCACUUCAUAAUAACAGCACUUACAGUUGAACGGCUCAGCUCUAGCAGGGCAGAAAUUUGAUGAACUGCUUGUUGUAAAGGUGGCAUCCUAUGACGGUGUCACGUUGAAAGUCACUGAGCUCUUCAGUAAGGCCAUUCUACUGCCAAUGUUUGUCUAUGGCGAUUGCAUGGCUAUGUGCUCGAUUUUAUACACCUGUCAGCAACGGGUGUGGCUGCAAUAGCCGAAUUUGAAGGGGUGUCCACGUGCACUUUACAGUGCCUUCGGAAAGUAUUCAGAACCCUUGACUUUUUCCACAUUUUGUUAUGUUACAACCUUAUUCUAAAAUGGAUUAACUAGUUAUUUUUCCUAAUCAAUCUACUCACAAUACCCCAUAAUGACAAACCAAAAACAGGUUUCUAGAAAUGUUUCCACAUUAAUUAAAAAUAAAAAACUGAUCACAUUUACAGUACCAGUCAAAAGUUUGGACACACCUACUCAUUCCAGGGUUUUUCUUUAUUUUUAUUAUUUACAACAUUGUAGAAUAAUAGUGAACUAUGAAAUAACACAUAUGGAAUCAUGUAGUAACCAACAUUUUUUUAACAAAUCAAAAUAUAUUUUAUAUUUGAGAUUGCUCAAAGUAGCCACCUUUUGCAUGAUGACAGCUUUGCACACUCUUGGCAUUCUUACAACUAGCUUCAUGAGGUAAUCACCUGGAAUGCAUUUCAAUUAACAGGUGUGCCUUGUUAAAAGUUCAUUUGUGGAAUUUCUUUCCUUCUAAAUGCGUUUUAGCAGGUAGGGAUGGUAUAGAGAAGAUAGCCCUGUUUGGUAAAAGACAAUAUUAGUCCAUAUUAUGGAAAGAACAGCUCAAAUAUAUAUAUAUAUAUUAUUUUACACACAAAAAAAAUUAAAGAAAAAAAAGAACAGCUCAAAUAAGCAAAGAGAAACGACAGUCCAUAAUUACUUUAAGACAUGAAGGUCAGUCAAUACAGAACAUUUCAAGAACUUUGAAAGUUUCUUCAAGUGCAGUCGCAAAAACCAUCAAGCGCUAUGAUGAAACUGGCUCUCGUGAGGACCACCGCAUGAAAGGAAUACCCAGAGUUACCUCUGCUGCAGAGGAUACAUUCAUUAGAGUUACCAGCCUCAGAAAUUGCAGCCCAAAUAAAUGCUUCACAGAGUCCAAGUAACAGACACAUCUCAACAUCAACUGUUCAGAAGAGACUGCAGGAAUCAGGCCUUCAUGAUCGAAUUGCUGCAAAGAAACCACUACUAAAGGACACCAAUAAUACGAAGAGACUUGCUUGGGCCAAGAAACAUGAGCAAUGGACAUUAGACUGAAGGAAAUCGGUCCUUUGGUCUGAUGAGUCCAAAUUUGAGAUUUUUGGUUCCAACCGCUGUGUCUUUGUGAGACGCAGAGUAGGUGAACGGAUGAUCUCUGCAUGUGUGGUUCCCACCGUGAAGCAUGGAGGAGGAGGUGUGUGGGUGCUUUGCUGGUGACACUGUCAGUGAUUUUAUUUAGAAUUCAAGGCACACUUAACCAGCAUGGCUACCAGAGCGUUCUGCAGCGAUACGCCAUCCCAUCUGGUUUGCGCUUAGUGGGACUAUCAUUUGUUUUUCACAGGACAAUGACCCAAAACACACCUCCAGGCUGUGUAAGGGCUAUUUGACAAAGGAGAGUGAUGGAGUGCUGCAUCAGAUGACCUAGCCUCCACAAUCACCCGACCUCAACCCAAUUCAGAUGGUUUGGGAUGAGUUGGACCGCAGUGAAGGAAAAGCAGCCAACAAGUGCUCAGCAUAUGUAGGAAUUCCUUCAAGACUGUUGGAAAAGCAUUCCUCAUGAAGCUGAUUGGGCGAAUGCCAAGAGUGUGCAAAGCUGUCAUCAAGGCAAAGGGUGGCUACUUUUAAGAAUCUAAAAUAUCAAAUAUAUUUGGAUUUGUUUAACACUUUUUUGGUUACUACAUGAUUCCAUAUGUGUUAUUUCAUAGUUUUGAUGUCUUCACUAUUAUUCUACAAUGUAGAAAAUAGUAAAAAUAAAGAAAAACCCUUGAAUGACUAGGUGUGUCCAAACUUUUGACUGGUACUGUACAUAAGUAUUCAGACCCUUCACUCAGUACUUUGUUGAAGCACCUUUGGUAGUGAUUACAGCCUCAAGUAUUCUUGGGUAUGACGCUACAAGAUUGCCACACCUGUAUUUGAGGAGUUUCUCCCAUUCUUCUCUACAGAUCCUCUCAAGCUCUGUCAGGUUGGAUGUGGAGCGUCUCUGCACAGCUAUUUUCGGGUCUCUCAAGAGAUGUUCGAUCGGGUUAAAGUCUGGGCUCUGGCUGGGCCACUCAUGGACAUUCAGAGACUUAUCCCGAAGCCACUCCUGCGUUGUCUUGGCUGUGUGCUUACGGUUGUUGUCCUGUUGGAAGGUGAACCUUUGCCCCCAGUCUUAGGUCCUCAUCAAGGAUCUCUCUGUACUUUGCUCCGUUCAUCUUUCCCUCGAUCCUGACUAGUCUCCCAGUCCCUUCCGCUGAAAAACAUCCCCACGGCAUGAUGCUGCCACCACCAUGCUUCACUGUAGGGAUGGUGCCAGGUUUCCUCCAGACGUGACGCUUAGCAUUCAGGCCAAAGAGUUCAAUCUUGGUUUCAUCAGCCCAGAGAAUCUUGUUUCUUAUGGUCUGAGAGUCCUUUAGGUGCCUUUUGGCAAAUUCCAAGUGGGCUGUCAUUUGCCUUAUACUGAAGAGUGGCUUCUGUCUGGCCACUCUACCAUAAAGGCCUGAUUGGUGGAGUGCUGCAAAGAUGAUUGUCCUUCUGGAAGGUUCUCCCAUCUCUGCAGAAGAACUCUGGAGCUCUGUCAGAGUGACCAUCGGGUUCUUGGUCACCUCCUUGACCAUGGCCUUUCUCCCCCGAUUGCUCAGUUUGGCCAGGCGGCCAGCUUUAGGUGGUUUUUUUGGUGGUUCCAAAAGUCUUCCAUUUAAGAAUGAUUGAGGCCACUGUGUUCUUCGGGACCUUCCAUGCUGCAGACAUUUUUUGGUACACUUCCCCAGAUCUGUGCCUCGACACUAUCCUGUCUCGGAGCUCUACGGACAAUUCCUUCGACCUCACGGCUUGGUUUUUGCUCUGACAUGCAGUGUCAACUGUGGGACCUUUAUAUAGACAGGUGUGUGCCUUUCCAAAUCAUGUCCAAUCAAUUGAAUUUACCACAGGUGGAGUCCAAUCAAGUUGUAAAAACAUCUCAAGGAUGAUCAAUUGAAACCGGAUGCACCUGAACUCAAUUUCGAGUCUCAUAGCAAAGGGUCUGAAUACUUAUGUAAGGCAAAAUGUGACCGACCGGCUCAAAUCGGUGUUAUGUAUACACAUUUGAAAUUGUGUUUUUUACAUUGGAUAAAAGUAGAGACUCAGAGCUACAAAAUGGUAUAUCAUACACUACAGUUGAGGAACAAUGGGAAAGUAAUUUUUCUUUGAAAGAUGAUAAACUUGUAAACUCACGUUUGAGAAAAUGGCCUUUGAAUCUUUUGGUACUACUACUGGAGAGCCCUUCUUUGUCAACACCCAUUCAACAUCGUUCACACCCUCUUAAGCUUUAGCCCCACCCAUCUCUUUAAGGGUUGAUCCGAGCAUUCUGUACUAACAACAGAAGUCAAGCGCCCAAGCUAACUUGCUAGCUACUUCCAGACACAAAUGACAGAACAGCUCACUGAACAUUAUUCGCCCUAGCAGAGCUGGUUAGGAUGUUAUGUUAUCCAGAGCGUUGGUGACUGCAACUGUGCUGUCAGAUUGUCAGUUCGUAAAUUCAAAACGUGUCGCUCUCGGAGCGUUUAGAGCGCACACCGGACGCUCUGGCCGAUGAGUAGGUUUGAUCCGAACGUUCUGACCUCACAAUGGCAUUCUGGCUAACAUUGGCUAGCUUGCUAGCUACUUCCAGAAACAUAAUGAGAGAACACCCCACUCUGACCAUUUUACUCAACCUAGCAGAGCUGGUUAGGCUGUUUUCAUGUCAUUUACAUUUUACAUUUUAGUCAUUUAGCAGACGCUCUUAUCCAGAGCGACUUACAGUUAGUGAGUGCAUAAUAUAUUUUUUUUAUCCAGAGUGUUGUUGUCUGUAACUGUGCUGCUGGCAACAAUUUAAUUACACUUUUGCUGACGUUUACUGACACCGGUCAUAUUCAACGGGUGUUGAGCAUUCGUAAAUUCAUCAGUUAUUCUGCGCUCUGGCACACUCAGACGAGAGUGCUCUGAUAUCGGAGUAAUGGCCAGACUGAAUUUACGAACACACCUGAAAUGGUUACUUGCAUAGUGGAGUCUUUUGUUAAGACAUGUAGCUAGCUAGCUAGGUUAACAAUUAACCAUAAUCACAACUCAUGAUGUUACUACCCUGCAUGAAUCUGCAGGUAGCUAACCAACCAGGUUCAAUGUUAGCUAACAUUAGCUAUAGCUAGCUAAGCAAAUGUCUCUGAGGUACGAAUAAUAAGGUCAUACACGUAACGUUAGCUAGCGAGCCAGCCAGCUAACAUUAGUUAGCUAGCUAGGUAAACAAUGAACCAUUGUCAGAACUCAUGACAUUACUACCCUGCAUGAAUCUGCAGGUAGCUAACCAACCAGGUUCAAUGUUAGCUAGCUAACAUUAGACUAUAGCUAGCCAAGCAAAUUGCUCUUUCUGUCAAAAUUAGAAAUCUGUCAGAUACAAGGUUGCCCUUAGUUUGAAGAUGUAAUCCGGAGGUGUUUUCUCCAUCUCCUUAGCUAUCAUACUCGAAUUCCACUGAUUUCAAAACUCGGUCCUCCAGAAAGUGGAGAGUAACACUUAUGCAGUUUUAAUACACAAUAAAAAAUAAUUAAAGCCGCAUUAGACCGGAUUACCUAGACAUACUGACCAGCUCAAAUAGACAGAAGCGUGAUAUAUGGCAGACCAAUCCAAACACAUCUCUUGGCAUGUCCAGCCCACUCAUUAUCUCAGCCAAUCAUGGCUAGCAGGAGAUUUGCUGUCUUUUUCUUUGGCUAAACCAACUAGGCUCGUAAUUUAACAAUUGUAAUUGUAUUUACAGAUGCCAUACAAGUUUGUUAUUAAGGCACAUGAAAGUUCACAUGUUCGAGAAGGGAUUUCUGCCAAAAAACGCAUUUUGAUGUAAAAACAUUUUUUACAUUCAAACGGCUCUCCUGCGAAUUAGUGACCCGCGACAUAUGCCUUGUUUCCUGAAACGGGUCACAAAUGUGGAAAAAGGGAAGGGGUCUGAAUACUUUCUGAAUGCACUGUAUAUACAAAAGUAUCUGGAACAGUAUGAAACUUAAUAUUAUGAAGGCGUUCUUAAUGUUUUGUACACUCAGUGUGUGUAUUGUAUUGUCUUAAAGAAUUACAUUUUAAUUAAAAAAUAUUUACUUAGGAUCUCACUUGGUGAAGGCCACAGGAUUGAAAAUGAAUAAUAAUAAUAAUAAUAAUAUGCCAUUUAGCAGACGCUUUUAUCCAAAGCGACUUACAGUCAUGCGUGCAUACAUUUUUGUGUAUGGGUGGUCCCGGGGAUCGAACCCACUACCUUGGCGUUACAAGCGCCAUGCUCUACCAGCUGAGCUACAGAAUGAAUGUAACAACCAUGUCUCUGUCACUAACAAAUACAGUCAUCGGUGAUAACUCUACAAUUAAAUCAAAAGGCACACUGGGAAACAUACAAAUAAGGCUUUACACUAAGCAAAUUUAACACUGAAAUUGUGGACCCGUAUAGACACUGGAACAGUGUUAAAUGUAACACAGAGUUUAUUCAACUGGAGAAUUUGUUGUGUACAAACAUUAGUAAUGAUGUUCCUUAGAGAGAUAAGAUUACCAGGGAUUUCUGUAGAGCUGAUUGAGCCAUAUAACUGAUUCUACACAUUUUUAUCAUUACUUGAUAACAUUGAUAUUAUUGAUUUUAUUUGAGAUUAUAAUGGAAUAUGCACUAUAAAUUCAGCAGCCCAGUUAGUUAUUUUAAGGGAAUGUCUGAUCAAUUGACCAUGUUCACCCUCAUAUUCACCCACAUCUUUAUCUCUCUCCCACCCACAGAGAGCAUCUCCAUCAACCACAAGGACUCUCGCUGGGUGGGGGCCUGGUGGUUAGGCUUCCUGGUAUCUGGCUUCCUGAUGCUCCUGGCUGGGAUUCCAUUUUGGUUCCUCCCCAAUACUCUGCCUAAACAGGGCAAGAGCCCCAGCAAAAAGAAACAGAAGGAUGACAUACAGGCCAAGAGCUCAUCUGACACCCCAGAGGAGGAGCAGGAGCAGGGCAGUUUCCUACCAGAGGACAAUACUGAGGAGGAUGCACCAAAGCCUGUCACCAUGGCUGCCAUGGCUAAAGGUAUUGUGGGAUUGGUUCCAUUUAGAUUCCUAGCCCUUUCACCUAGCUUCAGAGAGGGUAGGAUAGGUGUUGGAAAUAGUAAUGGCUCCACUUUGCCCAAAGUUGAGUUUCUGCUGACCAACCUUCAUCUGUCCAAUACGUUCAAAUCUGUGAUCACAGAGUUGUUAGGUGCUGGGGAAAGAGGCUAGUGACUAAUGGAACUGGGGAUGUAGAAUUCUUGCAGUGUCCUCAAUCAUUGAUGAACAUUUCAGCCUUGACAGACCUGACCCAGAGUCUGGCCACUGACCCUUAACAGACCCCCAACCCCUGACCCCAUUUCAGCACUAAUAUAGGACCAAGCGUUGCUCAAGACAGACACCUUAGUGCUGGUCACUUAUACUUUGGCUACUACUUGCGACAGUACAGACUCUGACUGCAGCCAAAUUAUUACAAAUACCACAUUCCAUUGGCCACAUUUCAUUUAUAUGGUGGAUACCUUAUCUAUGAAAUUAUCCUAGAGUGGUCAAUGUAUUGUUAAAGCAUGAUACACCCAAAAAACAUUAGAUUUUCCUGCCAACUAUUUUGACGCUAUUGAAUAUUAGAAUAUGCCUUUCUGGAUGCUUUCUGAAUUGUAUUAUUUCUUGUUAUUUCCAGAUUUUGGGCCAUCCCUGAAAAGACUGUUCAGCAACAAAGUCUACCUGCUGAUCAUCCUGACAUCUGUGGUGGCAUUUAACGGCUUCAUAGGGAUGAUCACCUUCAAACCUAAGUUCAUGGAGCAGGUCUACGGGCAGUCUCCCUCCAGGGCAAUCUUCUUGAUUGGUAGGCUACAGUGCAGGAGGCACACACGUACACUUUCUCUCUCCUUCUCUCUCCUUCACUCAGAAGAAAGCCGAAGCAAUGUUGUCAUUGAAAGAACAUGUGACUGAGGUAUACAUGACUACAAGUGUGUGUGUUUGUGUGUGUGCGCGUGUGCGGGUGGCAACUUUAAACUGAAAGAGCACUCUGAACUGUUAUUAGAUAGUACAGUAGCUAGCCUGAUUACUCACCACCACGAGUAUCUCGUUCAUACUGUACAUGACUGUCAUGCAACACCUUUCCCACACAACUUAUACUCUCAGCAGUAACAUUAGUGUGUUUACAAUACUCUGCUAUGCAUUAGUUGUACACAUGCUAGACAUUAUAAAUCAUGCUGAUACACAUGUAUCCAUCAAUGCUUCCUAACUGAAUAUAUUCUACUACUUUCCUGACAGUCAUUACAAAUCUUUCAAUUUAGCCUUUUGUGUUUAAUGUUUGUAAUGUAUGUGGUUGUAAAAUGUGAUGCAUGGCAAAUGCACUACAAACUUGACUUGUCUGUCUCUGGCCAGGUUCGAUGAACCUGCCUGCGGUGGCAAUUGGGAUCAUCGUGGGAGGCUAUGUGAUGAAGCGGUUCAAGCUGAGUAUUCUGGGAGCAGCCCGACUCUCCAUCAUCUCCUCCUUCCUCUCCUUCUGCCUCCUGCUCAUCCAGUACUUCCUACAGUGUGACAACUCAGAGGUGGCUGGCCUCACCAUGACCUAUAAAGGGUAAGCACUGUAGUUCAUAAUAUGCUAGUGCCAUCAGAAAGUAUUCACACCCCUUGACUUUUUCCACAUUUUGUUGUGUUACAGCCUGAAUUUAAAAUGGAUCAAAUAGAGAUUUUUUUGUCACUGGCCUACACACAAUACCCUAUAUUGUCAAAGUGGAAUUAUGUUUUUCAAAAUGUUUACAAAAAACGAAAAGCAGAAAUGUCUUGAGUCAAUAACUAUUCUACCCCUUUUUUAUGACAAGCCUAAAUUUGUUCAGGAGUACAAAUUUGCUUAACAAGUCAACAGAAGUUGCAUGGACUCUGUGUGCAAUAAUAGUGUUUAAGAUGAUUUUUGAAUGAUUACCUCAUCCGUGUACCCCACACAUACAAUUAUCUGUAAGAUCCCUCAGUCCAGCAGUGAAUUUCAAACACAGAUUCAAUCACAAAGACCAGGGAGGUUUUUCCAAUGCCUCGCAAAGAAGGGCACCUAUUGGUAGAUGGGUAAACAUAAAAAAGCAGACAUUGAAUAUCCCUUGGUGAAGUUAUUAAUUACACUUUGGAUGGUGUAUCAACACACCCAGUCACUACAAAGACCCAGGUGUUCUUCCUAACAGUUGCCGGAGAGGAAGGAAACCUCUCAGGGAUUUCACCAUGAGACAAUUGUGACUUUAAAACAGUUACAGAAUUUAUGGCUGUGAUAGGAGAAAACUGAGGAUGGAUCAACAACAUCGUACCACCUCCAUAAUACUAACCUAAUUGACAGAGUGAAAAGAAGGAAGCCUGUAGAGAAUACAAAUAUUCAAAAACAUGCAUCCUGUUUGCAACAAGGCACUAAAGUAAUACUGCAAAGAAAUUGGCAAAGCAAUUCACUCUUUGUCCUAAAUAUGAAGUGUUAUGUUUGGGGCAAAUCCAAUAAAACACAUCACUGAGUACCACUCUCCACAUUUUCAAGCAUAGUGGUGGCUGCAUCAUGUUAUGGUUAUGCUAGAAAUUGUUAAGAGCUGGGGAGUUUUUCAUGAUAAAAAAGAAACAGAAUGGCGCUAAGCACAGGCAAAAUCUUAGAGGAAAACCGGGUUCAGUCUGCUUUCCACCAGACACUGAGAGAUGAAUUCACCCUUCAGCAGGACAAUAACCUAAAACAUAAGGCCAAAUCUACACUGGAGUUGCUUACCAAGAAGACAGUGAAUGUUCUCGAGUGGCAAGACCCGGAAAUGGUUGUCUAGCAAUGAUCAACAACCAAUUUGAAAGAGCGUGAAAAGAAUAAUGGGCAAAUGUUGCACAAUCCAGGUGUGGAAAGCUCUUAGAGACUUACCCAGCAAGACUCACAGCUGUAAUUGCUGCCAAAGAGGCAUCUACAAAGUAUUGACCUGGUGUGAAUACUUAUGUAAAUUAGAUAUUUCAUUUUCAAUAAAUUUGCAAGAAUGUCUAAAAACAUGUUUUCACUUUGUCAUUAUGGAGUAUUGUGAGUAGAACAAAUAUAUUUCAUCCAUUUUGAAUUCAGGCUGUGUAACAACAAAAUGUGGAAUAAGUCAAGGGGUAUGAAUACUUUCUGAAAGCACUGUAAAUACAGUAAUGUUGGGUUAAGGGUUAUAGUUAAGGUUAGUUCCUCUCCUUCUGCCGCCUGCUCAUCCAAUACUGCCUACAGUGUUGUUCUACCAAGGGUAAAUACAUGUACUCUAGUUCAUAUUGCAUGAAUAGAGUAAAUGAUUUAGUAGAAAUAUUGUAAUAGCUAGAGACUUACUGUUUAUACACUGAUUCUAAGAGAAGGCCUAAAGCACUGUGUGAGUGUGCUUCAUCAAAUAUUCUAUUUUGAUUGCUACAAAAUUUGAUUUUGCUUGACUAUUGCUAUUGUAAUUGCUACUGAAUUAGAUAAUAUAAGAUAACAAAAUACAAACUUUGAUCUUUGCCUUCAUUGUCUUCAUUAUCUAUGCACUGCCGUAUCAACAAUUAACACAAUACAUUUUCACGCUUUUGACUCAUAGCUAUAUUGUUACCUUUGUCUCCCAGGGCUCCAGAGGUGUCUUACCAGCCGGAGAGCUUGCUGUCUCAGUGUAACAUGGGCUGCUCCUGUUCCCUGAAACACUGGGACCCUGUGUGUGCCAGCAAUGGCAUGACCUACGCCACCCCCUGUCUAGCUGGCUGCCAGACCUCCACGGGCGUAGGCAAGGAGAUGGUGAGACAUCUCAUGACUAAAUGUCUAAAUGUGUUCUUAGUUACUCUCAACUCCUCCUACCUUGUUCAUUUACACAUACAGUACAUCUCACUUUUAUGACACAAUACUCUCUUUAGGAACACUAUGUGUUUCCAUAAGGAUAACAUAUGAGUGUUGAACUCCAGUGAACACUUCUGAAUGUGAUAUACUAUACCACACAAUCAGGUGUGUUAGUACUGGGCAGGAGCAAAAACCUGCACACCCUGUGGGUCGAACCCAUAACCAACUUUGAUUAAUUUAAAGUCACUGUUUCUCCAUCUUCUCCCUCUGUUCCACAGGAGUUCCAUAACUGCACAUGUAUGGGGGAGCUGAAGGGGCAAAUGUUGGCUCUUCCAACCAACAUGUCAGCCAUUUUGGGCCAGUGCCCCAGGAAGAGUGACUGUGACAGGAUGUUUAAGUUCUACAUGGCUGUCUCUGUCCUGGGGGCCUUCGUCUCUGCCUGUGGGGGCACAUCUGGAUAUAUCGUCCUGCUCAGGUAAAACAAGACAAUAGGAUGGAUGGAACUGUCCAGUGGUGGAAACAGUACCCAAUUGUCAUACUUGAGUAAAAGUAAAGAUACCUUAAUAGAAAAUGACUCAAGUAAAAGUGAAAGUCACCCAGUAAAAUAUUACUUGAGUAAAAGUCUAAAAAUAUUUGGUUUGAAAUAUACUUAAGAAUCAAAAGUAAAUGUAAUUGGUAAAAUAUACUUAAGUAUAAAAAGUAAAAGUAUAAAUCAUUUCAAAUUCCUUAUAUUAAGCAAACCAGACGGCACAAUAUAUUUUUUAUUAUUUUAUUUACAGAUAGCCAGGGGCACACAUUUUUUUUUCAAAUGAAGCAUUUGUGUUUAGUGCAGUGGUGUAAAGUACUAAAGCAAAAAUACUUUAAAGUACUACUUAAGUAGUUUUUGUGGUAUCUGUACUUUACUUUACUAUUUAUAUUUGAGAAAUGUUACUUUUACUUCACUACAUUCCUGAUGAAAAUAAUGUACUUUUUACUCCAUACAUUUUCCCUGACACCCAAAAGUACUCGUUAGCAGGACAGGAAAAUGGUCCAAUUUACACUUAUUAAGAGAACAUCCCUGGUCAUCCCUAGUGCCUCUGAUCUGGCAGACUCACUAAACACAAAUGUUUCAUUUGUAAAUUAAGUCUGAGUGUUGGAGUGUGCCCCUGGCGAUCCGUAAAUAAUAAUUAAAAAAAUAAAAUGGUGCCUUCUGGUUUGCUUAAUAUAAGGAAUUUGAAAUGAUUUAUACAUUUACUUUUACUUUUGAUACUUAAGUAUAUUUUCGCAAUUACAUUUACUCCACUGGAAUGCCCACCUGUGAUUGGAAUCACUUUUGUAUUGAUUUUGUUUGCAAGCUUUGUUUACCCUCAAUGUGUUGCUUUUGUUUUGUUUCAGAUCUAUACACCCCGAUUUAAAAUCACUGGCUCUUGGCAUGCAGACAUUGAUAGUCAGAACUCUGGGUAAGUAAGAUGAGUUUGUGGAGGGUAUGAACAAUCUUAGAACCUUGUGGAACAUUCUCAAAAUGUUAUAUUUUCCUUCAAUGUCUAUGGUUAAGGGACUUGAGAAAGUAAAACACUUCAGUAACUUGUGUUUGCAGGUGGAAUCCCUCCCCCUAUAUACUUCGGAGCGUUGAUUGACAGGACAUGUCUGAAGUGGGGUUUAAAGCGAUGUGGGGGUCAAGGAGCAUGCAGACUCUACGACUCACAUGCAUUCAGGUACAGUCAACUGAACUCAACUGAUAAAUGGAUGAAUGGAUGAAUGGAUUGAUGGACUUUGUUAUAACCUCUGUCCCUUCUCUCCCCUGUAGAAUAACGUUCCUGGGUCUGAUCUAUGGUCUAUACGGCCUGGCCUACCUGCUGUGGGGGGUGCUGUACCGGCAGCUGUCCAAUCGGCAGAAGAAGUUGGUACUGCGAAGCCAGGCCAAGGCUACAGCCCUGGAGGCCAACGGGAACAACAAUCCCAAUGGACAUGCCAUGGUCAGCAUCUUUAAGAACAAAGAUGAUCUGGACAGGGACAGUGAGAGCACUAUCUGAGAUACCGAAGAGGUUUCCAAACCAAUGGUUUCUGAUCCUGUAUUGUGCCAUGCCCUUGAUCCACCUGAAGUGUGUUGGGGUAUUUGGUGACCCACUUUUUUUUGCCAUAACUCGGUACAGUCUUAAGCCAAGACCAAGUACAUUGGUAGGAAUUGGUCGCUAUUUGGGAAACUGAUUUUGCUGCUAGACCUCUUCGACCAAAGCCCUGAUAGAUUUACCAUCCUCUUAAUGUUAUUAAUGCAGUAUUCAAAAUGUAUGAUCCCAAUGAAGUAUUCCUCCAUAUGAGUUCAUUAAAAGUAGUUUGCCAACCACAGACCGCCUCUAUCUCCCCCUUUCCUAUCUGAAGGACCCUUGUACAUACUAUAAACCAAAAAACUCUUACAACUGCUUUCGAAACUCGACUUCUGUCCAAUUCCGAUUGCUCUCUUGUUACAUACAGUGCCUUGCAAAAGUAUUC